AUGGCACCCAAAACAGCUCUCCUCAUAAUCGACAUGCAACGCUACUUCGAAAGCAUGACAACCACCGCCCUCCCCAACAUCAAAAGACUAAUCACCCACUUCCAGCACACCUCCUCCCCCAUAAUCUUCACCCAACACGGUCACACUCCCGACGAACUCAGCGGCAAAACUUCCAACCAACUCGUCCGCAAAUGGGGCCCUAACGGCAGCAUCGCAAUCAACUCCCACGCCUGGCAUAUCCAAGACUCACUGCAACACUACCUGAAAGACACCCCCUCCCCUACCACUAAACCUAGCAGUAAACGGCCCCGAAUCGUCCUGAAAAACACUUAUGACGCCUUCAUCAACACAAACUUACAGCAAAUCCUCGACGAAGCGAAUGUACAGAGAGUGGUGGUAUGCGGAGUCAUGACGGAUUGUUGCUGUGAUACGACGGCGCGGAGUGCGUUUAACAGGGGGUUUGAGACGUGGUUGGUGGGUGAUGCGUGUGGGAGUGCGAAUAGGAAGCAGCAUGAGGCGGGGUUGAGGGGGUUUGGGUUUGCUUUUGGGGAGAUUUUGGGGACGGAGGAGGCGUGUGGGAGAUUGGGAGAGGAGGAAUAG